AUGGUAGAGGAGAUGACAACACUGAAAAAGAAUGACACCUUGGAGCUAGUAUCUCUUCCAGACGGGAUGAAAUGGGUGCAAUGUAAAUGGUUAUUCACUGUAAAGCAUAACGCAGAUGGAACAAUUGACAAUGAAAGGUAUAAGUUAGAUGUUAAGAAUGCUUUUUACAUGGAGAUUUGGAAAAAGAGGUAUAUAUGGAUGUUCCACUGGGUUUUUCAUAAAAGUCAUGCAGAUCAUACUGUGUCCAGCAAGCGCGGUGGUGACAAGAUUAUCAUUUUUAUUUUUCUUGGGAUUGAGGUUGCUAGAUCAGAUAGAGGCUUUUUCCUUUCCAAAAAGAAGUAUAUUCUUGACCUCUUAGAAGAAGAGACAGUGAUAUUUGGCUGUAGACUUGCGGACUCUUCUAUUGGGGCUAACCAUCAUCUUAGUAGUGCAGGGAAGCCUGUAGAUAAGGAAAGGAAUCAGAGACGCAUAGGGAUAUUGAUAUAUUUGUCUCAUACCAGGCUAGAUAUUUUGCAUAUGCUGUGUGGAAGUUACUAG